AGUCCGGUUCGGGGUUCGAGCGUGGUCCCCACCCCACCCACCCCCAAUCCCGGUAGAGAACGCGACCUCGCCGUUCUCUACGAGCCGCUGCCUCCAACUCCUCCAUCUAGGCGUUGAAAGACAAAGACGUGAAGAAAGACGGAGAGAGAAGUGGAGCGAGGCACAGAGAGACAGAACGUGGAGAGAGGCAGAGAAGCGUGGAGAGACUAAGCAAGACACUAAGCAAGGGACGAGCAGGGUGUAAGACAAGGACAAGCCCGGCUGCCCCGGAGCCCCAGCCCCGCCUUCAUGCCCGUCAAGUGCCCCACCUGGCCCAUCCUCCCAGGUAAGCCUCAGCCCAAGCUGCAGGUGAUCUGAGUCACAGACCCCAAGUGACUCUUGAGGAGCUUCUGCAGACCAGAGGAUGGCCCAAGUCCUUCACGUGCCAGCUCCCUUCCCAGGGACCCCUGGUCCAGCCUCCCCACCCGCCUUCCCUGCCAGGGAGCCUGACCCACCGUACUCUGUGGAGACGCCCUAUGGCUACCGCCUCGACCUGGACUUUCUCAAGUAUGUGGAUGACAUCGAGAAAGGCCACACGCUUCGGCACGUGGCCGUGCAGCGCCGGCCCCGCCUCAGCUCCCUGCCCCGAGGUCCUGGCUCCUGGUGGACCUCCACCGAGUCUCUGUGCUCUAAUGCCAGCGGGGACAGCCGCCACUCGGCCUAUUCCUACUGCGGCCGCGGCUUCUACCCGCAGUACGGUGCCCUAGAGACCCGCGCCGGCUUCAACCCGCGCGUGGAGCGCACGCUGCUGGAUGCCCGACGCCGCCUGGAGGACCAGGCAGCUGCGCCCACCGGCCUGGGCUCCCUGACCCCCAGCGCAGCGGGCUCCACCAGCUCAUUGGUGGGCGUGGGGCUGCCACCCCCGACGCCACGGAGCUCAGGACUGUCCACACCCGUGCCUCCUAGCGCCGGGCACCUGGCCCACGUGCGGGAACAGAUGGCGGGUGCCCUGCGGAAGCUGCGGCAGCUGGAGGAGCAGGUGAAGCUGAUCCCCGUGCUCCAGGUGAAGCUAUCCGUGCUGCAGGAGGAGAAACGGCAGCUCACGGUGCAGCUCAAGAGCCAGAAAUUCCUGGGCCAUCCCACGGGGGCCCGGGGCCGCAGCGAGCUCUGCCUGGACCUCCCAGAGCCCCCCGAAGAUCCAGUGACGCUCGGGACCAGGAGCGUGGGCACCUGGGUCCGAGAGCGGGACUUGGGUGUGCCUGACGGGGAGGCAGCCCUCGCCGCUAAGGUCACGGUGCUGGAGACCCAGCUCAAGAAAGCGCUGCAGGAGCUGCAGGCGGCUCAGGCCCGGCACGCGGACCCCCAGCCCCAGGCCAGGCCACCACCGGACAGCCCGAUCCGAGUGGACACUGUCCGGGUGGUAGAGGGGCCGCGGGAGGUGGAGGUGGUGGCCAGCACGGCUGCCGGAACCCCUGCCCAGCGGGCCCAGAGUCUGGAGCCCUAUGGAACAGGGCUGCGGUCCCUGGCACCGUCUGGAGGGGUGGAGAGCCCUGCCGUGUUCCGUAGCCACGAGCUGGUAGAGACCGCCUUCCCAACAUCUGCUGCGCCCACCGGCAACGUUCACCUGGUGAAGAAGAUCAGCAUCACGGAGCGCAGCUGCAGUGACCCAGCAGGUCUCCCACAGGCUCCUGCGGAGUCACCCUCGUCGCCCCCAGGGGUGGCGGCCUCGUCCCUGGCACAGCCUGAGAAGAAGGCAGGCGGAGCGCUCGCCCGCGAAGCUGCCGACUCAGAGCCCGCCCGGCAGGCAGCCUCGUGCGAGUCCGCGGAGGCGGGGGGCGCAGGCGAGCCCCCGGCUGGCGUGCGGUCCAUCAUGAAGCGCAAAGAGGAGCCCGCGGACCCCCCAGCCCACCGGAGGAGCCUGCAGUUUGUGGGGGUCAAUGGCGGAUACGAGUCCUCCUCGGAGGACUCCAGCACAGCAGAGAACUUCUCAGACAACGAGAGCACAGAGAACGAGGCCGCGGGACCAGAGGAGAGGGUUCCAAGUGUGGCCGAAGCCCCCCAGCUCAGGCCCUCGGGGACAGUGGUGGCCAAGACCAGCCAGGAGGAGUGCCAGCCGUCUCGGGAGCCUCAGCAUGUGCUGGUGGAGGAGGGGGUGUCAGGAGAGAAUGCAGAGGAGGAGAUCCGGAUGGAACUAAGCCCCGACCUCAUCUCAGCCUGCCUGGCCCUGGAAAAGUAUCUGGACAACCCCAAUGCCCUCAGUGAGCGGGAGCUGAAAGUGGCCUACACCACGGUGCUACAGGAGUGGCUGCGUCUGGCCUGCCGCAGCGACGCCCACCCUGAGCUGGUGCGGCGCCACCUGGUCACCUUCCGGGCCAUGUCGGCGCGGCUGCUGGACUACGUGGUCAACAUCGCCGACAGCAAUGGCAACACCGCUCUACACUACUCCGUGUCCCACGCCAACUUCCCCGUGGUGCGGCAGCUGCUGGACAGCGGUGUCUGCCAGGUGGACAAGCAGAACCGCGCUGGCUACAGCCCCAUCAUGCUCACUGCCCUGGCCACUCUGAAGACCCAGGACGACCUCGAGACCGUGUUGCAGCUCUUCCGGCUCGGAGAUGUCAAUGCCAAAGCCAGCCAGGCGGGGCAGACGGCCCUCAUGCUGGCGGUCAGCCACGGGCGGGUGGAUGUGGUCAAAGCCCUGCUGGCCUGUGAAGCGGACGUCAAUGUCCAGGAUGAUGACGGUUCCACGGCCCUGAUGUGCGCCUGUGAGCACGGCCACAAGGAGAUCACGGGGCUCCUGCUGGCUGUGCCCAGCUGCGACAUCUCGCUCACUGACCGCGAUGGGAGCACAGCUUUGAUGGUGGCCUUGGACGCGGGGCAGAGUGAAAUUGCAUCCAUGCUCUACUCCCGCAUGAACAUCAAGUGCUCGAGCAGGCGUCGUAGUCAGAUACACAAUACACAAGACGACGUAUCAGAGCCAGGUGAUGGUAACUGCCGGAAAGAAAUCUAAAACAAGUUUGCCCCGAUGUCAGAUGACGAAAGUCCUGCGUCAUCCUCUGCCGAAGAGUAGCCGGGAGGGAGGCCCGGGGGGGGGGGCCAGCCAGCCCCAGAGUGAACUGUCCCUCCUCCCUCGUCUCCUCCCUCCUCCCUCGCCAGCACCCCCCCCCCCCAUACCCACCGAGGCCCGAGUCACAAAGGCAAGUGGGAUUUUCUUCUGCUUCCCAGGAGGAGCCCUCAACAGCAACAUGACUCCAGCUUUAUAGCGGGUUUUUCCUGGUACACCAGUUCAAAGCAGCCGCGGUGCAGCCCGGAGCUAAAUUCUUACAUAAAUUGGCGCCAGCGGCCGAGGCCGGGGCGUGGGUUUAUGAAGAACGUUGAGAACAAUCAACUGACAAUUACGGACGGAGGAGGGCGAAAGGGAAAAUACUGUAUUUUUGAAUCAUUGGGGGGGGGGGGGGGGCGGGGGGACGGGAAUCGUAUUACUUGUUGCCAGAUCUGAAAGUCACUGGAAUCGCAUAGUUUCAUUUUAAUCCUGAAUGUUGUUACGCACGGGUCACGUCCGGAGUGGCUUAACGCCCCCCUCGCACGCCCCACAUUUAAUUGUCUGGUAUAUAAUAGUGUUUUGUCCACUACCCCCUUCCCCCCGCCCUGCCCUCCCCAGACAGCUUUCUUGUGGGGGGAACUCUCUUCUGGUCUCUUCGCAAAACAGAUUCUGUCCUUGUCACCCAGGGCAGGGAGCUCAGUCCUUUUUGUUCUGCUGUCUCGCUGCCACUGCCUGUGUCACCCUCAGUCAAGUGGGGGGGGGGGGGGGGCGGCGGGGCGGCUCAGGACCCCGCAGCCGAGACAUCGAGAGAUCACCCAGAAAUCCGUCCCCUCCACGCGUGGAGGCCCUGGCAAAUAUUAAUUUUCCUAGAAAAUCCUUCAGACCUGGGGACUCAGGAAAUGAAUCCGGUUCCCAGAGCAGCUGUUUGAGUCCCCGGGCUUAGAACCCUGGUAGCGGGCCGUCCUCAUCUGGGGAGGCCCAGAUUCCACAAUUUCUCCCCGCAAAGGGGGAAAAAAAAAAGACAAAACAGGACAUGUACUUGCUGGCAGAACACAGGGCAAGCUCCAGAAACUCCAUGUGCACACAAUUAAAAGUUGGCUGCCCCCCUGAGGGCUCCCAGUGCAAACUUAAAGAGACAGGGCUUUGCCGAAAACCAAACAAGGGCCAGCUGGGGUUUUUUUUGUGUGUGGGUUUUUUUUUUUUUUGGUUUUUGUUUUUUUUUCCCCCCAACAACCUAUAGGCUUUCCGGAGCUGCCUGGAACAGAGCCUGCUGGAAAUAGGGCUCGCCAGACACACGCAGUUUCCUUCAUGGCCUGUGUUGUCCUCAGAAUCUCCACAUAGUUUUCUUUCCAGUUCCUUCCUUUUGUGAACAACAACAACAACAACAAUAAAAGGGGGGGGGGGGAAGGGGUUCCGAGCCUUGAGAAGUUAAGUGCCUCAUGACAGGGAGUAAGAUCCCUGGCUGAUAGGUGUCCUGUCCUCUCUUGUCCGGUUCUGUCCGCUCGGCCCAUGAGCGCUCGCUCGUGGUCAUUCGGUAAAGCAAAGCGCUGGCUUCUCACCUACAGAAGUAGGUUUCUUGGCUUGAUGGAGUCUGGCUUGCUUUGAUUUUGACUGAAGGGAGGUACCUAAGACAAAAGAGUUUGGAUGGUUGAAGGAGACACCCUAGAUUGUGCGUGUGUGCGUGUGCGUGUGUGCGUGUGCGUGUGUGUGCCAACUGGAGAGAAAACAAAACCAAAGCCUACUGGGGACAACUGCUGGUGUCUGACAGAAGGCCACAACUUUGGGCAGCUUUGAGAAGUGGGACACAAGUUGUGUACCUGCACGUCUGGCCCCGGAGCCAGCGGUAUGGUCAAGCGAAGCUCCUAGAAGCAGCUCAUCGACGCCGCUCCCCAGAUAAGUCCAUAUUUAUCCCUGCUUUCCCUUCUCCCCUCUCCCCAUACCCAUUGGGCUUGGUAUGCUAGGCUACAGGGACAUCCCGCCUCUGUCCCCUGUUCUCCUGUCACAUGUAUUCAUGACCUUUAACUUCACUUCCCGACCACGGUACGUCCAUAAAGACAGUAUUACACUUAAAUGAAGUAUUCCUUUUUAUAAUCGUUUUUUAGAAGGUAAAGGAAUUUAAUAAAGCUACUUUAUGAUAAUA